AAACCGGACGUCCCGCCCACACAAAUGAAUUAGCAGGCAAACAUGGCAGCUACCACCGACAGCUACAUGGACAUUUCAGCGUCUAUCGCUGGCAUUUUGAAUGAAGAACACUGCCCCAAACACUUGCAGGUUUUAAAAACAUUCGCCACUUCCUUACGUGACAAGGAAUACAGAGAUGCUGUGGAGGAGGAGGUGUUGUCCGGUCUUCUACAGAUCUUGUCCCGACUGAAUGAUGAGCUCCAGGCUGUCAGCUGUGACGAUCAGGACCUGCAGUCUGUUGCUCUGCAGCUGCAGUUGACCGCUGAAUGCUUCCGGGCUCAGAGGAACGUCUGCGUCCAGAGCACUCGCAACCAGAGUCUGCUCAGGGAGCUUGGUUUCAUUGAUGUAUCCCUUAAACUCCUGAAUUUCCUUCAAACCAAACAUUUGAAGAGCAAAGAAGGCAUAUUUGAACCUCUUCGUUGUGGGAUCCAGUUCCUCGGGAACUUAUCGGUUGGAAACCAAAUGUGUAAAGAUGACAUUUGGCAGCUGAGCUUCCCAAAUCUUCUCCUGCAGCUGCUCAGUGUUGAUGAUGAGAAGGUGGUAAACUAUGCCUCUAUGGUACUCCACACGUGUCUGGAUGAAGCCAAGGUGGAGGAACUGUCUGAUCCUCAGAACAUCCAGCUGGCACUCCGGGUUAUGGAGCUCUGUAGGACCCAACCCGACCUGGACUGGACGGUUCUCAUUGCGACCCAAUAUUUCCUGAAGUCUUCAGCUCUGGUGGAGAGCAUGUACUCUGGGAUGUCUCACCAUGAAAGACUUACUCUAUUAGAGCUGCUCUUUGCCCAGCUACAAGAGGAGGACUCAGAGGACUGUGGCAUCCCGUCCGGUGUGGCUCGCUUCCUGGCUAGUUCCUUCCAGAAAGGUUGUGGGGCUGUGCUGACACUCGCUACUGGCUCCGCUUCCAGUGAUGAGGUCCUGCAGGAGGCACUGACGGUGAUUAGUCUGCUGGAUGUGCUGUGUGAGAUGACCUCAGACCACAGGCGGUUCGUGUUCCUGCAGGAUCAUCCUGACCUUCUUGUGACCACUGUUGAGCUCCUGAGGCAGGUGCAUGCUAUAGGCAAGGCCAGUAAGAAUAUUUUCAGUGCUGCUCAGAACUUCUCCUCCUUGGGUGGAGAUGGAGACCCUUCCUCACAUUCUCCUGUCAUCAGCUUCAAGGCCCAUCUUAUCAGGCUGAUAGGAAACCUCUGUUACAGCCACACCAACAACCAGAACAAGGUGAGAGAACUGGAAGGCAUCCCCCUCAUCUUGGACAACUGCAACAUAGACAGCAACAACCCGUUUAUCAGCCAGUGGGCCAUCUUUGCCGUCAGGAACCUCCUAGAACACAACACGCAGAACCAGGAGCUGGUUGCCGCCCUGGAACGCCGUGGCACCGCGGACUACUCUGCGCUCAAGGAGUUGGGUUUCCUGGUGGAGGAGCGAGAUGGAGGCUUGCUGCUCAAAACUGUGAGGAAAGACUCUUGAAAACCUUUGAGGAGCAUCCCAGGGAGAUGAGGCCCUCAACCCGCAAGCAGGUUUUCAUGUGAAGUGUUUGUUUAGAGAGGAAUAAAGUACAUGUGCACACGUAUACGCUUGUGUGAACAUGUACUCUAGUUGAGCUACAAGCCUCAUUAAUGUUACUAAUACUAAAGCUUCAACUGCGUGAGAAUUACAUGUCCACUACUAAACCCUUAAAUAUUGUGCCUGUCCAGAAUAACUGAAAUAGCUUUAGAAUUAGUUAUUUCUCUCAGAGAGGUAUGUAUAAAUUACUUUUCUACCUCAGUAAUGCUUGCACUCAUGCACUGAUGGGGGCUUAAGGUAUUCUUGAUAAACAAAAGGCCCAUGGGGUCCCCCUGGUACAAAAGCAGAGGUCAAGAGUUCAGGAACUUUUGUUUUGUCCUGAUCUAAGUCUGGGAAAUGAAGAGUUUGGGAGUGGCGAGCACAUGCUGGUACCUUUGGCAGGGCUGAUGCUCUGGUUUAAUCCAAAGACAAAGAGCACCACAGUGUCUGGGCUUUUCACUUUUCACAGACACUGAUGUGCCCAGCAGGGGUUGGGCUUUAAUCCCAGGCCCAUAGUGACUUCUGCAGUAACCAUGAAACAGAGAAUGACCAAAACAUGAUGUAAUCAACCCCCUCACAGCCUUACCUACUUAAAUGCUGGUGUCGUUGCCAGAGGGACAUUCAAACUCUUAAAACAAUUUCUCCUAACGGGCUGUUUAAUAAUAUUAUGAUCUAAGGACGUCUCAAUGCAAAACUAAAUCUAAUAUCAACUGAUGCUAUGCACGUUUUGUAAUGUAAAUAACAAUACUCAUUAUACAGCAUGAGCCUGUCACCAUAUCUCUGCUCGUAGUAAUGAGUUUUAUACUCAACAUAGUGAAUCUCAUCUUAUUCCUCAUCUUAUUCUUAAUCUUCUGUUCCCAUCCUAUGACUCAGUACUAGAUACAUAAGGGAUUAGGGUUCAUGGCAUGCAUCAUAGAUUAUUAAUCAUCUUUAGACUCACAACAUUGAGUUCAUGUUUUACACCUUAGACUGCUUCUCUUCACACAGAGCAAGCGAUAUUUGAGUUUUACGAGACUGCAUAGACUUCCUUAGAGAUUUAGUGAAUACUGCACUUCCUUUUGAGCUCUUGCUGUGUGUGUGUGUGUGUGUGUGUGUGUGUGUGUGUGUGUGUGUGUGUGUGUGUGUGUGUGUGUGUGUGUGUGUGUGUUUUUCCUCUUUUGAUAAGAGAUAGUAAUUGUGGAUCAUCAGACGAGGGAUGAGCGCAUACUGAAAGCGUAGGUCCAAAGAGGGAGUGAGUAAAUGAUUUAAUGAAUGAGUGAGUGAAUCAGAGCAGAAGCAUUAGUUUGCAGAAUGACAUCCCUCCCUGCUCCUCCCUUUGCUGGAUAAGCUGAACAGUCCUGACACCUCAACAAUGCAGCGAUUUACUGGCCUGCUCACACCCUGCUCCACCUUGUUUGCUCUGCCUCUGAUUUUUAAUGACAAAAUGUAUUGAAACAAUCGGCUGGACUCUCCUCUCAAUCCACCGGCAUAGUAAAGGGAGCUUAUGCGGUUCCGGUCCCCAGGAUUUCAGACAGCUAACAAAACAGCUGUUACUUGCGCUCGACUGACUGGCUGCAAUGCUUUUCAGCCCCACAGGAAAGAGGCUGUGCGAUUCAGCCGGGCUGAAUGAGGUGGCAUGGCCGCGGCCGCCUGUUCACCUCCUGACACAUUAGUACCACAUCAGUCAAGGCCAGAAGUUCUUGUGUUUCCCAUAUCAGCGUUUUAUACCACAGGCCUUUACUAUAUUGUAUUUGUGCCUUCUGGUUUAAUAUUCGCCUCCAGCAAAAAAAACAAACACUUUGUCAGGGUAUAAAGUACGUACUUUAUGUUUGGGUCAAAUAUGUUUAUAUGAUGCUUAAUAAAGUAUUGUGUGUGUGA